AUGCCGUGGCGUUCAUUAAUACGUUAUUUAUCAAAUAAUGAAGAAUUAAUUCGUCGCCUAUCUGAAUCCUAUCCUAUCCGACGAGCCGCACAAUUAGCAGCAUAUUAUUUUCAUGCAAGCAAAGAUAAAUUUAUUGAACAAAAAGACACAUGGUCAAAUUACAAAGAACUUCGGCGACAACAAGAAAAAACUCGCACAUCAUCAACAUCAUCAACAAGUACAACAACAAAAGCCACAACAAAAAAUAAAAAACCAUUUACAUAG